GCCGGCGUUACAUCAGCACAUCCCGUUGAGGUUUCACGGAGUUCAAGUCGUACUAAGCUUACUAGAUCAAGAUGACUGGUCGUGGUAAAGGAGGAAAAGGAUUGGGAAAAGGAGGUGCGAAGCGUCAUAGGAAGGUUUUACGUGAUAACAUUCAAGGUAUCACCAAACCAGCCAUCCGCCGAUUGGCCAGACGUGGCGGUGUCAAGCGUAUUUCGGGUUUGAUUUACGAAGAGACCAGAGGCGUUCUGAAGGUUUUCCUAGAGAACGUUAUUCGUGAUGCUGUAACUUAUACUGAGCACGCCAAGAGGAAAACUGUAACAGCCAUGGACGUCGUCUACGCUUUAAAACGCCAAGGAAGAACCCUAUACGGUUUCGGCGGUUAAUUUGGUCACGACCUUGCAAAUCAACGGCCCUUUUCAGGGCCACCAAAUUUUAAAACGUGGGAAUUUUUUUUCAAAAGCAUACCCAAAGUAUACAAUACCAAAAUUAAAGUUUGUCAAUAAAAAUAGAGAAAUAAUAUUGAGAAAUAAUACUUUUAUUUUUUAAUUAUUUUUAUGAUAGAAUUUUAAAGUCAAUAUCUUUAAUGUAUUUGCUAUAUAUGUAAUCUAAAAACUUUCCACAGAAAACUGAUCAAUGCAAAGGUCACUGAAUAUCAGAAUAAUUCUUGUGUCGAUUUGUCUUGCUACAAAGUUGUCAAUGGUUUUAAUUACGCGCAUAUAUUAGCUGCGUUCCUACUUUGUGAUUGGUUUUUGCCUCAAAUUUUUGCAAGAUUUGAAUCUAAACUAAUCAUUAAAGACCCAACAGCAAAAUGGCUUUCCGUUGAGCAUAGCUAUUUCCCCUUUGUAAUUACUAUCGCGUCGAUCGCAGGCGCAAUGUAUUCGCUUAUUUUACUCGAAAUGCGCAUGCGUACAAGUCGUAUUAAUUCGAUGUGCUUAGGGCAGUUAGGGCUUAGAGUAUGUUGACACUGCGCAUUCAACGCUAAAUGCGACUGUUCAAUUACUUAUUUACGUUAUUAUGCCGUUAGUAUGUAAUGUUAUCUCACCUAGACAUGAAUUUUAAAUAAUUUUGAGUGACUAACAUUAACAAAUAUGUGAAUACGAGUGAAAGGCAGUGAUUUUUUUCGUUUCUGUUAACCUCAAUCGCAACUAUUUACUUUUUGAUGCAACGCGUGCAAGUCAUAAUUUGCUUUAUAUUUAUAUUUUACUUAGCACUAUUAUUUAUUUAUUACGUGUAUUAUAAUCAUGAUCUCUCUAAAAAAAUGUUCAUGUCAGACCCGAUACGUAAAGUACAUGUAAUACGAAAAUAAAUACAUGAGAUUAACUUCAUAACCUUACUUACCAAAGUUUAUGAUAUAAUUGCUGACGAGUUUAUUAUAUAUUUAUAAAGCGUUUGCAGUUGUUACAGGUCUGCAAUAGACGAUUCAGAGAAGAAAAAACCAUAUACUUUCUUUGAUCGAUCCAACGUUGUAACAUCGUAGACAUUGCCUUAUAAACAUUACAAAUAUUACAAAAUUAAGCUUAAUAAGUUUAUAGCCGUUUUUUAACAUUAUUUAUUUAUUGCGUGUAUUAUAAUCAUAAAAAAACGUUCAUGUUAAAUCCGAUAAAGUACAUGUAAAACGAAAAUAAAUACAAGAUUAACUUCA